UGGGUUGUCAGUCAGUGAGCGGAGGGGGAAGAUGGCUCGCCGGGACCCGUUCUGCUAGGAAGAAGGGGGGCAGGUGGUGCUGCUACUCAGGAGAAAGCCGAGCAGCGGCCGUCGCUGUCGCUGCGAGCUAGACAAGUGGAGGUUCUGGACGUGGAGCUCGGGGAGUCACUCUGGGUGAAGUUUUAGAACAGAUGUGGAAAGAUGUUCACUUCAGAGAAAGGGGUUGUGGAGGAAUGGUUGUCAGAGUUUAAGACACUACCAGAAACAUCUUUACCAAAUUAUGCCACAAAUUUGAAAGACAAGAGUUCUUUAGUUUCAUCUCUCUAUAAAGUUAUCCAGGAGCCACAAAGUGAGUUGCUAGAACCUGUCUGUCACCAGCUCUUUGAGUUCUAUCGCAGUGGAGAGGAACAGUUGCUUCGAUUUACUCUGCAGUUUCUUCCAGAACUGAUUUGGUGCUACCUUGCGGUCUCAGCCAGCAGAAAUGUGCAUAGCAGCGGAUGCAUUGAAGCUCUUCUUCUAGGGGUUUACAAUUUGGAAAUAGUUGACAAACAGGGACAUAGCAAAGUAUUGAGUUUUACGAUUCCAUCUUUAUCUAAACCAUCUGUAUAUCAUGAACCUUCCAGCAUUGGGUCCAUGGCUCUGACCGAGAGUGCACUAUCCCAGCAUGGUUUGUCAAAAGUUGUAUACAGUGGACCUCACCCCCAGAGGGAGAUGCUGACAGCACAGAAUAGAUUUGAAGUGUUGACAUUCCUUUUGUUGUGUUACAAUGCUGCCUUAACGUAUAUGCCCAGUGUUUCUCUUCAGUCGCUGUGUCAAAUUUGUUCCAGAAUCUGUGUUUGUGGAUAUCCCCGGCAACAUGUAAGAAAAUACAAAGGUAUAAGUAGCAGGAUACCGGUUUCUUCAGGAUUCAUGGUACAGAUGUUAACAGGGAUUUAUUUUGCCUUUUAUAAUGGAGAAUGGGAUCUAGCUCAAAAAGCAUUGGAUGAUAUUAUAUACAGAGCCCAGCUAGAAUUAUAUCCAGAGCCAUUGCUGGUUGCUAAUGCAAUAAAGGCUUCAUUGCCUCAAGGUGCCAUGAAAUCUAAUAAGGAGGGUACAAGGUGUAUUCAAGUUGAAAUCACACCAACUUCCUCUAGAAUAUCAAGAAAUGCAGUAACCAGCAUGUCAAUAAGAGGUCAUAGGUGGAAAAGACAUGGAAAUACAGAAUUAACAGGUCAAGAAGAAUUGAUGGAGAUAUCUGAAGUUGACGAGGGAUUUUAUUCCAGGGCUGCGUCUAAUACCAGCCAGUCGGGUUUAUCAAACAGUAAUCACAAUUCUAGUAACAAGACAAGUGUAGGAAAGACUCAGAGACGGUCAGGAGGAAGCAAAACUGGAGGAAAAGAGAAAGAAACUGCAGGGGAGUCUUGCAAAGAUCACUUUGCUCGAAAACAAACUCAGAGAGCCCAAAGUGAGAAUCUUGAGCUUCUGUCUUUGAAGAGACUUACGUUAACAACCAGCCAAUCCCUGCCUAAACCUAGUAGCCAUGGUUUGGCUAAGACGGCCACAACUGUAUUUAGUAAAUCCUUUGAACAAGUCAGUGGUGUCACAGUCCCACAUAACCCAUCACCUGCUGUUGGCUCUGGGACUGGGACAGAUGCCAAUAGGUUUUCUGCUUGUAGUCUCCAAGAAGAAAAGCUUAUUUAUGUUUCUGAAAGGACUGAACUUCCAACAAAGCAUCAACCAGGUCCGCAGAGACCUCCUAGUAUUAGCAUUACUCUGUCUACAGAUUAAUUUGUAAUCAUUUUCUUAUGUAACCAGUGAAUCUGGAAAUACGACUGCUUCUUUGUGAAAGUGCCCAGGGCCUUUCAUUCCUGUUCCUGACAGGAGCCCUGAUGGCUUAAAGUCUGACGCUACUUUGACUUUAUGAAGGGAAUAAUGUCUAGGUGGCAGUAAGUUGAAAUAGUGGUUUUGUUAUUCCCCUUGAUUUGAGUCUUUUUUCUGUAUUGGUUUCUGUUGCCCUAAGAUUGUCAGUGUGACAAUACAUUUUGGCAGAUUGUCAUAUCAGAUUGGUUACAUCUCAUGUGAGGUUGUUAGUUUUUUUUUUUUUUUUCUUUUUUAAUAACUCCUAUUUUGGUAGUGUAUGUUGGGCCUUCAGAGUAAAAGGGAAUCUCCAUGUAUGGGAACUGUUUUUUAAAGGACAAGGCAGAGGUGUAACUCCAGGAAUUCUACAGCUGGCUGUUCCGCAAGCCAGUCUGAAAAUCAGGCAUGUGAAAAAGCAAAAAUGAUGUGUAUGGAAAGUCCCUGAUAAAAAUGUUUGUAACCAGAUCAUCUUUAAGAUCAGUAGAACAGUUUAUGUAAAGCACUGGAAAAUGCCUGGUAACUCAGUAUGUAGAUUAUUAUAUGAUUCCAGAGGAUGGAUAGAUGGAUUUCUGUUGUUAUCUUUGGAACAUUUUUAUAUCAAAAAUCAGAUUGCUAGUAGAUGUGUUGUUUUGAAGUGUUUGAUCUGGAUUGAGCAGGUAAAAAUCCCUUUCAAUUCUUAAGAUGUAAUAGGCCAUAAAGCUGACUUACCCUGCUGGUUGGCUUCAGAAAUCCUAAUUAGUUUGGAUUCCUAUAAUUCAGAGAACACAUCACUGAAGACUUCCUGGAAAUCGUUGUAAACCUUGCAACACAGCUCUCAAGAUACCAGUGUCAACCAUGUAAUAUUGAAUUGUUUGUCUGCAAAUGAAGGAAAUUAGGUAAUUUUUUCAUCUAUAAAAUGUCAUGAAAGAAAAUAAAUAUAGUGAAAUAUGGACAAAGGACAAUUAUGUAUUAACUAAUUUAGGGUUAUUUAUGUUUGUGUUCUUAAAUUUAAAAUGACAAAAUAUGGAAAAAUCUAAAUGUGUUUCUUGUUUUGUGAACAGGCCUAUUUUAAAUGUUCUUGUUAUGACAGAAAGAAUAAUCAAUGUAGUUACCCCCAAUCAAAAAAUAAAAAUAAAAAAGACAAUAUGGCAGAAAAGCUAAACAAACUUGUAUGUAGCUAUAGAGAACUAUGUGACCUCUAGAUCAACGUACAAGUUUGGUGUUUGCUAGUGGUGGUCAUCUGAGCUAUGGUUGAGGUUCCUUGAAAAUCAAGAAUACAUAGGUAAUAAUUCAGAGUGAGAGAGAAAGCAGGGCUGAGGAGGAGAGUAAGUUAACUGGGGAGGAAGGCCUAGGGGGCUGUCCACUUGGUCUCUUUCACUGUUAGUACAUGGUGGUUUCCUUAUUCACAGUCCCUAGCUAUGGUCACACAGAGAAAAUGCUAGUUUUCCUCUUGUACCUGCUUAUGAAGAGCUCAAAUAUGUGAAAAAUUUGUAUGUCUUGAAGAGUGCUAACGCAUGUACACUAUGAAUGCAGUUUUGACCAUAACUGCUUUGGCUACCAUUUUAAAUCUAAUUCUUCAAAAAACAUGAGCUAAUUUUCAUUCAUUAACCCUGAAUAGAAUAUGACUUUUAACAUAAGUGAAUUUGAUUUUUUUAGUUCCAGUGAUAAAAAUGGAAUAAGAUCUACUAGCAUAAAUUGUAGCAAAAAAAAAAGUAAGGCAACCAGACAGUGAAAGUUGAUGUAGUAUUAAUUUAAUAGGAAUCCUGUGUACAAUUUAAAAUAUUUGUAAAAUGUCACUGUGAAUUUCCUAUUGUCUUUUUAUAAUCCUUUAACAAAGAAUUUCCCCUAGGCAUAGCUACUAACAGUAUUAAUAGUCUUAGCUAAUUUAAAAGAUUGGCAUUUUAAGCAAGUUAAGGUGCUUAGGAAACAUUGUAGAGUAAGUUUGAGGAAACAUUAGCUGGCACAAGUGAGAGACCAGAUUUUAAUGUUUAACCACUGUAAUGGAACCUCAUUUUGGUAAUAUUCUAGAUCAUUGCUACUCCUGUGGUCUGAGGACCAGUAGGUAGCAUUGGCGUCACCUGGCAUCUUGUUAAAAAUGCAGAAUUUCAGAGCCACCCCAGAUCUGCUGAAUCAUAAUCUGCAUUUUAACAAGAUCCUCAAGUGAUUUUUAUGCACAUUAUUGUUUAAGAAGAGAGUAUCAAAGUCCAAGCAAAUCACUUACCUAAUAUUUAGAAUUCUCAGUGGUCUCACAACCCUAGAUCAAAUGUUAGAUAUUAGAUCAUUGUAGUCAUCAUUGUUUUUAACAGCUAAUUAAUUUCUUAAUAGUGUCAACGAUACUUCUUAAGUCCUCUAAUUCUAAAUUUUUAAUGAUUCUUAUUUAUUUUUACAAUAAAAAUGUAACAUUUUGUAUUUUUCUUGUUAACCAUAAAUGGAAUCAAAGCUUGUAAAUGCCUACAAUUUUAAGUAUGAAAGGGGUACUACCCUUGUACACAGUGAACAACAAAUCUGCAUGUGUAUAUUCUUUUAAAAACUCUGAAGGCUUACUCAGUGGAGCAGCUCUGAAUUUUUGCUCCAAGUAAUUUACACCAGUUGAUUUUCUGGAGUGUGGAGUUAUGUUAACAGUAAAAUUAUUUUUUGGUACCUUUGAUACUAUGUCAAAUAAGGAUUAUACAUUUGAAAAUUUUUAUAGCAAUUAUAAAUUUUGGAUAAUACUUACUAUGGUAAUAAUUGUAAUUAUCCCUACUACUGUCUUUCCACUCAUCUUUCCAAAUUUGAAGGUUAGGGUGGCUUUUGUAGGUCAUUUUCUCAUGAAGAGGCUGAUGUGACCAUUUAGUCACAGACUGCCUAUACAUUCAGAAUAGUCCCUUUUAUCACAAGAAGGAUUCUGCACAAAAUCAGGGUCUUGUACCCCAUAGCUCACAGGAUCUGAGCAGAAGUUUUGGCUCUAUUCCACACUUUAAACCUCUGGAAAUUCUUGAAAUUACCCAACCUCUUGUUCUUCAAAUACCCAGCUGUCUGGGGUAUUCUAGUGAAGCUGGAUCCCAGAAUUUGCCUUUUGAAAUCCAAGUGGGGAGAGAAACGAAGUAGACUUUUCAGGGGAGUGUCCCAGAGGACCCAGGGCAAGUGAGUACCCUGGAAUUCCUUGUACAGCAUCAUGGAACUUUUUAAGGCAGCUCUGUAGACUUGAAGAGCAGCAAUUCUCAAUUCUUAAAUGAUGGCAAAUUGUGUUUUGAAAAAGCAAGAAUUUCAUUGCCCUUUUCAAUUAUGGAGCAACUGUUUAGCAAACAUCACUCAUUUAAAAACAAAAAGUUGAAUUGAAGGGAAAUAUAUUUUUAAACCAAAAUAGAUAAAAAUGAUCCCAGUUUUAAGGGAUUUUGGCUAUUUUGGAAGAAUAAAAAUGUUAAAACUUUUACAUUUGAAUUAUAGAAACAAACGUACUCUGAGACAUAAUUUUAAACAAAUGUUUAAAAUAAGGCUGUUUAACACUUGAGUCUCUAGGCACGAUAAAUCUACACUUUAUUAAAGGGAAGCACAUCAAGGAAAUAUAGAUGUUAAAUAAUGUAACUGAAAAAAUAUUUUUAAGAAGCCAUUUAAAAAGAAGAAUAAUUUGAUGGGUAGUUAAAUUAAGCAUUGUAGAUAGAAAUUAAUGUAUAAUAAUGUCUUCCCAAUCUUUGGAUAAAAUUAAAACUCACUAGUCCUUUAAUUAGCAUGAAUUUAUACUUUUAGAUUUGUUGCUUAGUAAAAUUAUACUCAGUACUUUGAGUUAUUCACAUUUAUGUUUAAUACUGUUAAAUUCUUCAUCAGAGUACAUAAAUACGUUGUCUUCUAUACUUUGUAAUUUGUGCAUAUCUAAAGAGACUAGCAGUGAACAUUUUGGAAGAUGUUUUUGUGUUUUUUUAUAGUAGAGUUCUAGAGUAUCUGUGUCUUGAUAUGAAGUUUCUACUGGUAAACUCAAGAUCCUCUUUUGCACACUGUUGCUUUCUCUUAUGUGCAGUUUAUUGUGUACCUCUUAUCUUUGCUUCUAAUCGUGUAGUGAUACUAAUCUUUUCAUAGUAGAUAUACUUGUUUCUAAUUGUGUUCCUAGAGUUUACAUUCCUAAAGGAUAAACUAUGACUUUGGAUAUUUUUAUGUGCUCUCUACCUUUUUAUGGCUAUGGAAAUAAACUGGAGUUUAGUUUUUCAAGUUUUGUAUUUUUGUGUAAAUGUUCUCCAUAUGCAAUACUUAUACAGCAGUGUUGCCUCUUGUUUUAUUGAAAUAAAAAUUGAA